AUGGCCCUCCACUCAUUGACGGGGACGGGAUCUGUUCCUGCCCAUGCACAAUCCUCCUUGCCUUCACUUCCCGCCCAUCUUCAAUCGGACACCCACCUUACGGCCCAUCUGGCAAGCAGAUUUCAUGUAUCCCUUCCGACGGCACGGCUAUCGUCUCAAGGAUUGAUAUGCCUGAAUACGUACACUUCUUCCACCCGCGGUCCGGAUGGACAAAGGGAAGGAAGCGCAAUGGGGGAAGCAGACGAUCUGGCUAGGCGUGCUUGGGCCCGCCUGGGAGGGAGAGGAGAAAACCAAGCUGUCAUCUUCCUCGGAGAAACUGGUUCCGGGAAGACAACCGUUCGCUCCCAUCUUCUUUCUUCCUUCUUGUCAUUAUCAUCCACACCCCUUUCAGCAAAGCUCUCGUUCGCUGCCUUCGUUUUCGAUACUUUGACAACUACAAAAUCAGUUACUACCCCGACUGCGUCCAAAGCGGGUCUGUUUUUCGAGCUUCAGUAUGAUGCCUCGUCAACCCUCAACCCGACCUUAAUUGGUGGCAAGCUUUUGGAUCACCGGCUAGAAAGAAGCCGUAUCGCGUCCGUUCCUACUGGUGAACGAAGCUUCCAUGUGCUAUAUUAUCUCCUUGCAGGAACCAGUGCAGCUGAAAAGGCGCAUCUGGGUUUGGACAGUUCAGUCGACAUCCGCACCGGUGGAAGCACCGGCAACCAUUCAUCUGGCACAAUUUCUCAUAAGAGAUGGCGGUACCUCGGCCAUCCCACGCAACUGAAGGUCGGGAUUAACGACACCGAGGGCUUCCAACAAUUCAAAAAUGCGCUCCGCAAAUUGGAGUUCCCCAGGAGUGAAAUAGCUGAAAUCUGUCAGAUACUUGCAUGUAUAUUACAUAUCGGACAGCUGGAAUUUACUACUGGCCAAUCAACGACAACGGGCCCAGAGGAGAGCGGUGGAUACUCACAUGAAGGCGGUGAAACUGUUACUAUUGUCAAAAACAAGGACGCUUUAGCAAUUAUCGCUGCGUUCCUCGGACUCAGCGUGGAUGAUCUCGAGACAAGCCUUGGCUAUAAAACGAAAACCAUUCAUCGGGAACGUGUAACUGUUAUGCUCGAUCCUAAAGGAGCACGGAGUAAUGCCGAUGACCUCGCCCGGACCCUUUACGCUCUUCUGGUUGCCUAUGUAAUCGAAAACAUCAACCAGCGCGUAUGUGCUGCCGAGGAUGCGGUGGCCAACACCAUUUCCAUCAUCGACUUCCCCGGUUUUUCUCAAACGUCCGCAACGGGGUCAACAUUGGACCAGCUCUUGAAUAACGCCGCUACUGAAUCGCUUUAUAACUACUGCUUGCGAAACUUCUUCGACCACAAGGCGGAAAUCCUCGAAGCGGAUGAAGUUAGCGUCCCUCCGACUAGCUAUUUCGAUAACUCUGAUGCUGUCAAAGCCUUGCUGAAACAGGGCAACGGAAUCCUGACGAUCCUGGAUGACCAGACGAAGCGCGGACGAUCCGAUAUGCAAUUACUUGAGAGCUUGAGAAAGCGAUUUGCAAACAAAAAUCCGGCCAUUUCUGUCGGGAGCUCUACGGCUACUCUUCCUGGCAGCAACUUCGCUUCAAAAAAUGAAGCUGCUACUUUUACAGUUAGACAUUUUGCGGGGGAGGUCGAUUAUCCUGUCCAGGGAUUACUUGAGGAAAACAGCGACUUGGUUUCUGGCGAUUUAAUGAACCUCAUCACUUCCUCCAGGAGCGCGUUCGUGCGCGAUCUUUUCGGUCAAGAAGCACUCCAAACUAUCCGCCACCCUAAAGAAAAGUCGGCUAUUAUGCAAGCCCAAGUCAGUUCGAAACCUCUCAGAAUGCCAAGUAUGGCAAGACGCAGAAUGGAUAGACCUCCCCGACUUACUGCUCGCGCAACUCAGGCAGAUAAGGAUAUUGAAGACGAUACUGGGGCCAGUUUGACCUCAGUUCCAGGCUCCAAAAAGCGCAAGCAGGGAGAUUCCACAAAUGGACCUGGUCAGAGUGCUGCUGCUCAAUUUCUUGUAUCAUUGGACAAUAUCAAUAAGUCUUUGACUGCAGACAAUGUCAAUUCUUACUUUGUUUUCUGCCUGAAACCCAACGAUCGUCGAAUCGCGAAUCAAUUCGAUAGCAAAUGCGUGCGAUCGCAGGUUCAAACAUUCGGGAUUGCAGAGAUCAGUCAGCGGCUUCGAAAUGCAGAUUUUAGCGUGUUUCUUCCAUUCAGUGAAUUCCUUGGUUUGUCAGAUGCAGAAUCUAUCAUCGUGGGCAGCGAGCAAGAAAAAUGCCAAUUGGUGGUCGACGAAAAACGAUGGCCAGGAAAUGAAGCACGAGUUGGAAGCACUGGAGUAUUCUUAAGCGAAAGAUGUUGGGCGGACAUUGCAAGGGUUGGUGAACGGGUUCUCCCCAGCUACAGCGGAGAUGGCACAGAUGACGACAAAGAUGGUAUGUUCGGGGUUGGUCAAAAAACCCCAUAUGGAGAUUCAAAAGUUCGUAUCUUGAACUCGUCAGAGGUAUGUCCAUUACCCCGGUCCCACAUAUAUGGAGAAGCAACCAAUCAGCCGUUCUAUGGGUAUGCCGGCAUCGAUGCAACGAAACUAUUCCCUGUGCAUGUUAGCGCUCGUUGUGAUGGCGUUGAUGGCCGUGUCGAUCCAUCUGUUCCCAUGGAUUUCAGGUCUACUAAUAGAACGGGCUCUGUCAAAGUUUCACGAGACGAUGAUCCAAAUGCUCAAUACCACGACUUCAGAGCGUUCACCGAUGACUAUAGACCCGACUGGUAUUGGAAUCAAAUGAGAAUGUUGAGAGCAAACUACAAGAAGGGAUAUGUUGGCUACUCUCCUCAAUAUUUGAAAACACUCGUGGAUAAGGAUCAGGCAAUCGCAGUCCUCGACGGCUAUGUGUACGACUUGACAAACUAUGUCAUAGGCGGCCGUCGCCCGAGGCCACCCCCUGGUCAACAGGCCCCAAAAGACGUCAAUGUCAACUUUAUGGAUCCCCUUGUUGUCAAUCUAUUUCAACAAAGACCCGGCCAGGAUAUCACUGAGGAUUUCAAUCGGCUGCCACUUGGAAAGCGAGAGCAAGCCAUGCGCACCUGUCUGGCCAAUUUAUUUCAGGUUGGGAAGCUGGAUACUAGAAGUUCCGCCCAGUGUCAAUUCGCCCAGUAUUUCAUCCUCGCUAUAUCGCUCCUCUUAGUCACCAUCAUUGGUUUCAAGUUCUUCGCCGCAUUGCAAUUUGGAAAGAAAAAUCUACCUGAAAAUCUUGAUAAAUUCAUUAUUUGUCAAGUUCCAGCGUACACUGAAGAUGAAGAGUCUCUGCGCCGAGCCAUCGACUCAAUGGCUCGAAUGAGGUAUGAUGACAAACGUAAACUCCUUGUUGUCAUCUGCGAUGGCAUGAUUAUCGGACAGGGAAAUGAUCGACCUACGCCCCGGAUCGUCUUGGACAUUCUCGGCGUUUCAGAUACUGUGGACCCCGAACCGUUAAGUUUUGAAAGCUUAGGAGAAGGAAUGAAACAACAUAACAUGGGCAAAGUCUACUCUGGAUUAUACGAGGUUCAAGGCCAUAUCGUACCCUUCUUGGUUGUUGUUAAGGUUGGUAAGCCUUCGGAGGUGUCUCGCCCUGGAAACCGUGGCAAGAGAGAUUCGCAAAUGCUCUUAAUGCGUUUCUUAAACCGUAUCCAUUACAACCACCCAAUGAGUCCCCUUGAACUUGAAAUACAUCACCAAAUUCGCAACAUUAUCGGGGUCAACCCCACCUUCUACGAGUUCAUACUUCAAGUAGAUGCAGAUACCAUGGUAGCUCCGGACUCUGCUACUCGAAUGGUUGCAUCUUUCCUUCAGGAUACACGUAUUAUCGGUCUUUGUGGAGAAACAGGACUCAACAAUGCCAAAUCUUCCAUAAUAACAAUGAUUCAGGUUUACGAAUAUUACAUCUCGCAUAAUUUGACAAAAGCGUUCGAGAGUCUUUUCGGAUCGGUGACAUGUUUGCCUGGUUGCUUCACAAUGUACCGUAUCAGAGCCGCAGACACAGGAAAACCUCUUUUCGUCAGUCGAGAAGUCGUAGAAGCUUAUGCCGAGAUCCGCGUUGAUACUCUACACAUGAAAAAUCUUCUCCAUUUGGGUGAAGAUCGUUAUCUCACCACACUUCUUCUGAAGCACCACCCGAAAUACAAGACCAAAUUCCUCUUUAAUGCACAUGCCUGGACUAUUGCACCUGAUAGUUGGGCUGUGUUCAUGUCUCAGCGCCGGAGAUGGAUUAACUCGACCGUCCACAAUCUCAUAGAACUCAUUCCUCUGCAGCAACUUUGUGGGUUCUGUUGUUUCAGCAUGAGGUUCGUUGUCUUUGUCGAUCUUCUGAGUACCAUUAUCCAGCCUGUGACAGUGGCAUAUGUCAUAUAUCUCAUUGUCCUUAUCGCCAUCAACCCAACGCUGAUUCCAAUCACGGCAUUUAUUUUGCUCGGAGCUAUCUAUGGUCUACAAGCCAUUAUUUUCAUCGUCCGUCGCAAAUGGGAAAUGGUUGGCUGGAUGAUCAUUUAUAUCCUUGCUAUGCCCGUUUUCUCCCUUGGCCUCCCGCUCUAUUCUUUCUGGCACAUGGAUGACUUCACCUGGGGUAACACCCGUAUCGUCACUGGAGAGAAAGGCCGUAAGGUUGUCAUCUCAGACGAGGGUAAAUUUGAUCCCGCAUCCAUACCAAAGAAAAAGUGGGAAGAAUACCAAAUCGAGCUUUGGGAAGCGCAAACCCAACAAGACGAUCGUUCCGAGGUUUCAGGAAUCUCCUAUGGCACUCGGUCCUACCACCCACCAGCUUCUGAAUACGGAUUUGCGUCCUCACGACCUGUUUCUCAAGUCGAGCUUAAUCGCUUUCCCGGGUCCCGGAUGUCCCUCUCUCCUUCGGAGAUGUUGGGUACCGGCCCUGAUAUGGAGAUGGUAGACCUCGCGGGACUUCCAAGCGACGAUUCACUGCUUGCAGAGAUCCGUGAUAUCCUUCGUACCGCAGAUUUGAUGACCGUUACGAAGAAGAGUGUCAAGCUGGAGCUUGAACAGAGAUUCAAUAUCAAUCUUGAUGCCAAACGGCAGUAUAUCAAUUCUGCCACCGAAGCAGUUCUUUCAGGGCAACUUUAA